ACAAAUACAUGUCGCAGCUGUAUACAUUAUAUAACUGCACCCUACCUUUUCAUCUUCUCAGUUGUCAUGGAUAAGUAGUAGCAGUCCCCCUCUAUUACAAAACACUCACAAAGUCCUGUCUGAACCAAAGUCAAAACCAUUUCUCUCCUUCAACAAAUCCCUUGAAACCAUGGAUUCACAACUCAACCUGGACUUCUCAUUGCUAAUGCCUAGUGCUAAUUCUACUAACAAUUCUCAGUCUCUCAAAUUCGAUACUUCUCUUUUCGACAUGGAGUCUCAGCUACAAAUCAGACAGUCAAAUAACACCUGCAUUUCUAACAAUAGUCGCCGGGAAACUAUCUCUCUUAUCUUGCAGUUAUCUCACAAGUUUGAUCCUGUGUUGUCUUACCUUGCCAUCGAUUACCUCCAUCGGUUCGUUUCUACCGGACGUAUUGUUAAUCAGGAUGCGAAGCCAUGGAUGUUGAGGCUACUUGCCGUUUCUUGUGUUUCCUUAGCUCUAAAGAUGAGUAAGACAGAAUUCUCUCUCGAUUGUAUACAGAAUGAGGGUGGUUUAAUGUUUGACAAACAAAGCGUCCGACGUAUGGAGUUGUUGAUAUUGGGAGGUCUCAACUGGCAGAUGCGUACAAUCACUCCGUUCUCUUUCCUCUCUUUCUUUCUUUCGUUUUUUCAACUCAAAGACCCGCCAUUGACUGAAGCACUUCAAGCCCGAGCCACACAAAUUAUCUUCGACUCUCAACAUGAAAUGAAGAUACUUGAGUUCAGGCCAUCCAUAGUUGCAGCAUCAGCUCUACUCUCUGCUUCCCAUGAGCUAUUUCCCUUGCAAUUUUCAUCCUUUAGAGACUCAAUUUCAACUUGUUCCUAUGUAAAUAAGGCUAAUUUAUCAAAAUGCAAUGAAGUAAUGGAAGAAAUAGCAGCGGAAAGCUAUGAAUCGAUGUUAGAUAUUGGCGCAAGCUCAAACACAAACACUGCCGUGAAUGUACUUGACCGUGAUUGGUCUAGCUCCAGCUCCGACUGCAGCACCGGUCUAAUUAGUGACACAACAAUUAACACAGAAGCCCGGGGGGACUUUAAGCGACAAAAGAUUACUCUAAGCAGUUUCAGAAGCGAUGAAACGUUUCAGCUUUCUCACAUUCACCACUGCUUAUAAGCAAAGCAAGCUAAAUAACAAUCACAGGAGCCUCUAUCGAAAGCCGAAGGAGUCUAUAACUAAGGAAAUUUUGUAUAAAAAAAAACAAGAAGAAAUUUAUAUUCAAAUUAAGGCUAAUGAUGUUGUACCAGGGUGGAAUAAUGUACAUUAAACGGUACCUAAUGUACUCACUCGGUUCAUGAUUAAUAGCCACUUUGGUUUCUUGCGCC